GAAAUGUAUCACAUAGUCAUCAAUAUCUGAUAAGAGCCCAUGCAUUUAGGCCUAAUUGGGACCCUCUCUUCAGAACUACAGGUAAUUGUGACUUGAUGAAUCAUGUACUCACUCUCUCGAGGACGUGACAAUCUCCCCCUUCCGACAAGGCUCAAGUUGUGUGUGUGGUUUCAAAAACAACCUUAAUUCUCAUGCGGGGAGGAGGGAGGAUGCUCCAAGUUAUCACGACUCACCAGGGCCGAUCUGAAUGAAAAAGAAAGCUGAACCAGGAUCGCGCGUUCUCCUCUCCUCGCUUUCCGCAAUCUCCGUCACUUUUCGCCUCCUUUUUCGGCGAUGUCGCAGCUGUCGACGUUUUUCCGAGGGCGCCUCCGCGAUUUUCCGCGCUUUUUUAGCGCCAUCCUGAGCUCAGGGAAGCCCAGAGGAGUGGCGCCGCUCCACGAUUUGGCUUGCCUUUUAUCCAUAAUGACUUGUUAUAGACCCAUGAUGAGCGUUGUUAAACGACCCAUUUUCCUUGGCUGAUUGUGACCAAGUGCUUCAGUUGAAUCCGGUCGGCGGACUUGAAGAAAUCCCGAGUGAGACUUCCUCGUGCCAACAGGAUCCAUCCAUGACUUCUGUCAAUUCACCAUCCCCCUCGGGAUCUGAUCCCGAUCCAAGAGAGGCAGUGAGCCCUUCAUCGAAACACAUCAGAGGCUCACCCGAAGAGCCUCCUCAACUGCAGAUUCGGGCCACACCUCCUCCUUCUGUGACGGUGAAUGGAUCUCUGGAUCGGCGGUCAUUUUGCAUCGACUCGAUUCUGAAAUCCGGUGGAACUCCCAGUAAUAAGAUGUAUGGGGAGAUGCUCCAUCAUUCAGGAAUGGGUGGGGGGGUGAGUCCGCCUUCUUCGCCCCCGGCUUCACCACCUCAAUCUAGUCUGCCUAGUGUUCCUCGUCCAUUGAUGGGCCUCCAGGGCUUGUUUCCGCCACACCCACCCUUCUAUUCUUAUGGAGGAGGCAUGCCACCCUCCCAAUCAUCUCCGCCACUGUCCAAUUCAUUGGAGGGUAUCUUGAAGAGCGGAAAUUCAGCAGCCAUGAGCAUGCAAAGCAUGCAAUUGGAAUGGUUGGCCCGCACCGGAAUGUUGUAUCAUCGAUUUCCCGAGCUGGCGGGUGGGCCACAACACACUCUUCUGGGAAAAACCCGACGACCGAGGACGGCUUUUACGAGUCAGCAGCUUUUGGAGUUGGAGAAACAGUUCAAAGAAAACAAAUACUUGUCAAGACCCAAGAGAUUUGAAGUGGCCACGGGACUUUGUCUCACGGAGACUCAGGUGAAGAUUUGGUUUCAAAACCGCCGAAUGAAGUGGAAGAGGAGCAAGAAAGCCCAACAAGAGGCCAAAGCUAAGGCUCAUGCUGAUGGUCGAGGGCGGAAAGAGAGCAACAAGAUUAAUUCCGGACAAGGCGGGAGUGCUAAUAACAAUAAUAACAACAACAACAGCAGUGGCAGUAACUCCAGUGGCCACAUCUCCAGAGGCCAUAAAGAAAAAGAAGAAAGUCACCACAACAGCAGUCACGAGGGAUGUUCCUCGUCGGAAUCUGACGAAGAAGAGAUCGAAGUUGGGGAGGAGGAGCCCAUGUGUUCCUCGCCAGUUCUUCCAAUCCCUUCUCAUUUCCUCUCUCACCCUUCUUCUUUGGGUCUGGCUGUGUCUUCCUCCUCCUCUUCGGCCUCAGCAGCCUCGCUUCCUCCCAAUUCACUGUUGGGCCCAUCGCCCCUGAACUUGGUGAAUUCGUUAUCCGGUGGACUCGGGGCUGCGAGUCAUGGGCGAGACUCGAACCUGAGCCUGGCCGCCACCAGUCUCAACUCUCUGCUUCCGCCCAAUUCGUUGGCAAAGUUGGGGCCGAACAAUCGGCUGUAUCGGCCGUUCGUGGCUUAAUAUGUAAUCAGCUGUCUCUCCGUCAGAGAGAAGAAAUGCUGCAGUAGCGUGCUAGUUCAUUUUGCGAGUCUCUAUUGUUCAAUUUCACGGUAAUAAAAAUUAAGUCUUCAG